AUGGCUUUCAAGCAUGCGGCUCUGGCCGCUGCCCUACUGACCUCGGUCACUCAAGCCUCUCUCUACAACGAAUCCAAACUCAACCACACCUGUGUACUAGAACCAUCCAUACUCUCAUGUUCGGCCGCCGCCAACCCUUUGACCGUGGACUCAUGCUGUACCGAGACGUACGGGGGCCUCUUGCUCUCAACUCAAUUUUGGUCGACGUUCACGGGACUCGAAGCCAAAGGCCAACUCCUGCCCAAAAACACCUGGACACUGCACGGCCUGUGGCCCGACUUCUGCAACGGAAGCUACACCCAGUACUGCGACCUGAGCCGGCAAUACGACCCGACGCCGUCGCCCAACACGACCAACGGCCUGCGCAACGGCACCGCCGUGCCCGCGUACAAGGGGCCCAGCAUCGACACUUUCCUCGCGCCGUUCGGCAAAGACGACCUGCUCGCGUGGAUGAACACGUACUGGAUCAACCAGGGUGCCCCGAACUCGGACUUCUGGGCCCACGAGUUCUCCAAGCACGCCACGUGCUAUUCGACCUUUGACGUCCCCUGCUACGGGCCCGAGUACAGGCAGCACGAGGAAGUGGUUGACUUUUUCGAGACCGCCAUCAAAUUCUACAGACGCCUCCCGACGUACGACUGGCUGGCCUCGGCCAAGAUCACCCCCAGCAACAGCACCCAGUACACGCUGGCUGACAUCCAGAGCCAGCUGGCCAAGAAGUACGGCGCGACACCCUACAUCGGCUGCAGCGGUCCGCGGUACAACACGACCGCCGCCGGCAAGAACGGCACCGACAGCGGGCGGACAGUGGUCAGUGAGGUGUGGUACUACAGCCACGUUGUCGGACGGCCGCAGGAUGGAAAUUCCAUCCCCGUGAACGCGACAACGCCAAACUCCAGUUGUGCCAAGGCAAAAGAUGCCCUGUGGUACUAUGAGAUGACUCCUGGUUCAGUGAGGCCGGAGCCGAAGUAA